AUGGCUUCCUCUCCCCAGUCCGCGCAGCCCAUCUUCUUGCGACAAGUUGUCGAUGCGACCGAUGAAGAGCUCACUGAAUUGAUUCUGCACCAUCCGUGGUACAUUGCAUCCCAGAAAUCCUCGUCUAUGACCCCAAGGUUCGAGCUCGAGCCAGGAGAAAGCCCCCCAAGCUCCGAAGAAGAGGAAAAUCUCCACGAGAGGUUACGCCCCCGCCACGAACACGCGCGUCCGAGACAUGACAUGACACCCCUUCCCAGCAAAUCAAACAUGAGGCGAAGGCUAACUUGCCUAUUUUACAGGCGGUUGAGGGAGAAGGCGCUGGCGCCGCCUUACCCCAUCACGAAAGAGCGCCUCGAACUCGCCGCCCUCUGGCGCAGGGUGCGCAAGAGCAUUCCGUCUAAGCCUCCCGUCGAGCCUCCCGUCUCUGACCCAGGGUACAUCACCCACAAACCGUCCAUCGGACCUCCCCGGUACAGGGAUUAUUUCGCGAGAAGGAGGGAGAAGGAAGCCUACAUACUCCUACUUGAGCUCGGCGGUCGGCCCGUCUAUCCUCUCGAUCGUUUGUUCAACGGUGACACCAACAAUGAUGACACCAACAAUGAUGACACCAACAGUGAUGACACCAACAAUGAUGACAGUUUCGAUAUUCGUGUUCAGACCCGUACCGAGAAAAAGCUACAACCGUGGAAGCUCUUAUAUGAACACUUGGCGCCAGAACCGGAACAUCUGAGAGGGUGGGAGUCGUCUGUCCUGCAGUUGAAGAACUGGGAACGCUUCCUCACCUGGCAGCGCGAUCACCGCGGCCCGAACGACCAGGACAACUUUCAGGCCUUUGCCCAGGAGCAGUACCGAGACUGGGAGAUAGUGCAACGCGACGAUGGUUACUCGACUUGGUGCUUGGAAACGGAGGAGCAGCCGACACGUCUAUGGAGCGCCUGGGAGAAGAGACAGCACGACCGGGCCACAUAUCGAGAACAGGGUUGCGGGAGCUUCACAGACUAUUCCGAGGCCGUGCGGCGUCGUCUGGAAAAGAACGGAUUUCGCCAUCCCUUCCAGCUUCACCCAGAUCCCAUGCAACAAGACCCUCUGACCACCUGGAUUGAGUACCUCGCCUAUGAAUACUGGUGGCUAGAUCAUUACACCGAGGCGCUUGAAAGCACGCAGGAAACGCUGCUGGAGGUAUGGGAAGGGGUUGAUUCGCAUGAGCUUUUCGAGCGAGACGAAGCACUCGUGGAAGAGAAACGAUCCAACUGGAUGAAGGGAUUCAGGUCCGAAUGGGUGACGUUCAAGCUGGAUGAUUCUGUGUUAACGUACUCGCCCGUGUGUUAUUUCACGACGACGACGAAACUGCCACAAUCUAAACUGGAUAACGAGCUUCUCUGGGCAAAGGAGGUAUUCGAUGACGCCAAAUCUCUUUCGGACAUGGCAAGAGCGCAGGCCGAGCGGGAACGAGAGGGGGAGAGGGCUGAUUAUUACAAAAAAGCCAGCGCCGCCUCCAAGCUGGACCAGUUGCGUGAGGAUUGCGACAAUGCCAUGGAAAAGGCCAAAGAAGGGCUCAAACGCUCCCACGCUAGGAGGAAGUAUCACCGGCGUCUACUUGACCUGACUAAGAAGACAUCGGAGCAGGUCAUGCCGAGGCAUUGGCAGCGGAAGAUCGUGGAAUGGGCCCUAGAUGAGUUUCGCCUGGUCGAGGAGGAAGUCCUGAAGCUGCCCGGAUCGUCUGAUAUUCCCAUGAUUGCUGCUAAGGGCGCGCGCAAGCGGGUGCGAUUCACAUCCGCCGAGCCAUCCGUUCGCCUUCUACCGACGAUUGUUGAUGCAGCAGAAUCCUCUGACCCCGGGAGCGACAAGGAGCGCAAGGCUAAACGACGAAGACUGGCCCUCGAUGCGCACCCCUCGUCGUCGGAUGAUCAGCCGAGACCAUCAACAUCGUCGGUAGCUAGUAGACUUGAGCGGGUUCCAGGGAUUGAACGUGAUGCCUCGCCGGCAGCAACCGAUGGCGUGAGUGAUGACGAACAAGAAGGGGUGGAUGAGAGACCGAUCAUCACAGGAGAGAGCAGUGGACAAGACAAUCAUGACUGGGCGAGUGAACGUGAUGUCUCGCCGGCAGCAACCGACGGCGAUAGUGAUGAUGAACAGGAUGGGGAGGAUGAGAGACCGAUCAUUACAGGAGAGAGCAGAGAGAGCAGUGGACAAGACGAUCAUGACUGGGCGAGUGAACGUGACGUCUCGUCGGCAGCAACCGACGGCGAUAGUGAUGAUGAACAGGAUGGGGAGGAUGAGAGACCGAUCAUUACAGGCGGGAGCAGUGGACAAGACGAUCACGGCUCGACGAGUGAACGUGAUGUCUUGGGGCCGAAAAACGAUGGCAGUAGCAAUGUGCAACAGGAAGAGGACGAUGAUAGGCAGAGUGCCACGGGCGAGAGCAAUGGGCAAGGCGCCCCGGCGGACGCGUCGAGUUCAUCCCCGAGAUCACCCAGAAGCCCUGAGUAUCAGGCGGCGCUCUCCCCUGUGCAGCCGGGUGCGAACGAGGACCACCAGACAGACGGGCAAUGUACAUCCCCAGCGUCAGGCGAUGGAGAUGGACAAGACCUCCCACAGGGAGCAGGGAGCGAGCCGCCGGUCGUCACGGCUGAGGGGAAAGGGAAGGCCAAGCGCCCAUUGCCGGCGCCCGCAGCCCUUGAUGCCGACGAAUCUCGGCCGAAGCGGCGGAGAACGCAUACCGCCAAGCAGGCGAACACAGCUCAUGGUACAACAGCGGGACAGGGCACGCCGCCGAGCGAUGGCCCCGGGCAAGACGUGCCGCAAGAGGAGGGGACCAUUCAGGAUUGCGUCACAGUCUCGCCGUCAAGCCUCGCCAAGGGACCGCUCGCCGCUCGGGGGUCCCGGCAAGCAAAGCCCAGGAAGCGUGGCAAUGGCCGCAAGCGCAAGGCCUGA